CACUCCACCUUAAACUCGCAGCAGUGUACGCAUGCGCGAUCGCUUGGCUCCUCCAGCAUCCUUCGUCAGUUCCGACCCAACCUCCUCACCGCUAGUUCGCGCCAAAACGCAAACCAUUGUGCCAACUUAAAAAUCUGUGCAACAAUUUUUAAAAACAGUUGCGGGCGUGGGAACGCCCGCGCAGACGAGACGAACAAACGCGCCAACAUAUUCUCCGCGGUGAACAACUUCUUCGCUGAUUCGCCGCUGGUGAAUCAGCUCAAAGGGAUCAUGACUCGACAAACGAGCAGCAGCGGGGGCGAGCCAGGCCCUCCAGACGACUCCCGGCCUGCCAGCAGAGAGCCUCCUAACCUGGCCAUCAGCCCCUCCGAGAGCAUAUUAUCGGAGCGCUCCUGCGGCAGGGGUCAGCAACAGCGGCAGGUGUCGUUCCUGAAGCCGGCUGCGGACACCACCCUGGACAGGAAGGCUUCCAUCGUGGACGAGACCACCGGCAUCACUCGGACGCAGAUGAAAGAGUUCCGCGAGGCCUUCCGUCUCUUCGACAAGGAUGGAGACGGGACAAUCACGAAGGAGGAGCUGGGCCGCGUGAUGAGGAGUCUGGGGCAGUUCGCGAGGGUUGAGGAGUUGCACGACAUGUUGCAAGAGGUCGACAGCGAUGGCGACGGCAACGUCAGCUUCGAGGAGUUCGUCAGCAUCCUCUCCAAGUCCAUGUCAGGGGCUGGUGGCGGGACCAGCUCUGCUGAACAGGAGGAGAGGGAGCUUCGGGACGCCUUCCGCGUGUUUGACAAGCAUAAUAGGGGGUACAUAUGUGCUUCGGACCUGAGGGCCGUGCUGCAGUGCUUGGGGGAGGACUUGUCGGAGGAAGAGAUUGAAGACAUGAUAAAGGAGGUGGACUCUGAUGGUGAUGGCCGUAUUGACUUUUUGGAAUUCGUCAGAGCUCUCGGCGAGCCAGAAGACGCGUGCGACGACGAGGACGAAGACGACGCGACUGAAACCGAGAUAUCCCUCCCACGAGCGGUCGCGGCCAACUAAAUUUGAGGGUAGUUUUAGGCCCAUAUUGUAAUGACGCAGUUACACUGUGCGAGAAAUUGAUCGAGACGUAUAGUGUAAACACUCACUUCAGUUAGUUUCGUUGUGCGUCACCCAUACUUCGAUAUGCGUGCUCGUGCUUCGUCUCGGUCAAUUUUCCGCACAGUGUAACUGCGCCAUAAAACUUGACUCAAAACUCGAUUCAAACUCAGGUGUGAUUGGUUGAACAAUAGUUAAACAACUAAUACGUUUGAGUUUUCAAUCUAAUAUUCAUUGAGUCUUAAUAAUACGGGCCUAUAAACCGUUACUUUAAGCAACGAUUUUGGCGGACUACUAGGGCUUACUAACUCUAGUAUCUUUUUCAAUUCAUCAUAACUAAUUACUUGAUAAAUAAGAAAGGAUGUUCAGAUAGAUUGCCUAAUUAAUAUUUCAAACUAUUUGUCCAAAGAUAUUUAUUUCAACCGAAAACGCAAAAAAUGGGAUUUUGCAGUUGGCUUUUAAUACAGAUUCAGAACGUUUGUAACAACUCCUACAUUUUAGAUAUCUCUGAAUUGCCUAAUGAAAUAUUAUUAACUUUUUACCAGAUAUAUCUUAAACUGUAUUUUCUACAUUGAAUCAAAAAUAACCAUAGUCAUUUAAGAAAACCAAAAUACACUUUUAAAAUAAACUUUUCCAUUUCAUCUAAAAUUAUGCAGCGGACUAUAUUUCUAUGUACCUAAAUUAAUAUUUCCUUAAUUAUUGCUAAGUGUAAGUUACUAAGCUAGGAUUAAUGUAAUCAUCACGACUUUGUAUUAUUGUAU